CGGGGUCGAAGGGUGCGCGGGGUUGAAAGCAGGCCGCUCCGCCCCGUCCCCCUCCCAGACCAGCAGAGGCAGCAGCCGGAGCAGCCGCAGCCUGCGCCCUCUCCCGCCCGCCCGCCCUCCGCCCGCCCGCCCGCCCUCCGCCGCCCUCCACCCGCCCCGGGGUCUCUUUCCCCCUUCCUCCUCCUCCUCCUCCACCCCCCCCUUCCUCCUCCGCCCGCCCGCGGGGCCCCCCUCGCCUUCCCGCCCGCCCCUAUUGUUCCGCCCCCGGCCUCCCGCCCUUCCCCUUCCCGCCCGCUCCCCUUUUCCCCUCAGUCGCCUCGCGCCUGCAGUUUUUGGCUUUCACCCCCCACCAGUGACCAAAGACUUGACCACUCCCUAGAGUCCAGCUCCACAGAACACUGCUCGACAUGGACACCGGUGUGAUUGAAGGUGGAUUAAAUGUCACUCUCACCAUCCGGCUACUUAUGCAUGGAAAGGAAGUUGGCAGUAUCAUCGGAAAGAAAGGAGAAUCAGUUAAGAAGAUGCGCGAAGAGAGUGGUGCACGUAUCAACAUCUCAGAAGGGAAUUGUCCUGAGAGAAUUAUCACUUUGGCUGGACCCACUAAUGCCAUCUUCAAAGCCUUUGCUAUGAUCAUUGACAAACUGGAAGAGGACAUAAGCAGCUCUAUGACCAAUAGCACAGCUGCCAGUAGACCCCCGGUCACCCUGAGGCUGGUGGUUCCUGCUAGUCAGUGUGGCUCUCUCAUUGGAAAAGGUGGUUGCAAGAUCAAGGAAAUACGAGAGAGUACAGGGGCUCAGGUCCAGGUGGCAGGGGAUAUGUUACCCAACUCAACUGAGCGGGCCAUCACUAUUGCUGGCAUUCCGCAAUCCAUCAUUGAGUGUGUCAAACAGAUCUGCGUGGUCAUGUUGGAGUCCCCCCCGAAGGGCGUGACCAUCCCGUACCGGCCCAAGCCGUCCAGCUCUCCAGUCAUCUUUGCAGGUGGUCAGGACAGGUACAGCACAGGCAGCGACAGUGCGAGCUUUCCCCACACCACCCCGUCCAUGUGCCUCAACCCUGACCUGGAGGGACCACCUCUAGAGGCCUAUACCAUUCAAGGACAGUAUGCCAUUCCACAGCCAGAUUUGACCAAGCUGCACCAGUUGGCAAUGCAACAGUCUCAUUUUCCCAUGACGCAUGGCAACACCGGAUUCAGUGCAGGUUUGGAUGCAUCCGCUCAGACUACUUCUCAUGAACUCACCAUUCCAAACGAUUUGAUUGGCUGCAUAAUCGGGCGUCAGGGCGCCAAAAUCAAUGAGAUCCGUCAGAUGUCUGGGGCGCAGAUCAAAAUUGCGAACCCAGUGGAAGGAUCUACUGAUAGGCAGGUUACCAUCACUGGAUCUGCUGCCAGCAUUAGCCUGGCUCAAUAUCUAAUCAAUGUCAGGUGUUAUUGUUCAAAGCUUGUGGGAAUGUGGGAAGCACAGAUACCGGAAUGUUUUGGAGAAGUGAGAAGUAUGUUUUUUAUCUCAGCCCUCCCCCAAUCUCAUCCCUUAAUGACUUCAUGAGGGUUCUUUUCCCCUUAUCCAUAGCUAGCUACACUCAGAAUUUUAGGACAAUGGUCGCAGUCAAAUGGGAUCCUACAGUCAUUUAUAGUACUUGCUUUCUCAACUCUUGAGCUUAAGUUGCUUAUUAACAUUUUAAAGCAUUGUUAGCCCUAAGGCCCUUAGGUCCCUUUUAAUGGAGAGUGUUGUCUAGUUGUCAUUUACCUUUUUUAUAAAUGUCUGGUCUCUUUGUCAUAAAAGUUUUGCAUGAGUUCCUGAAACUAGUAUGGGGAAAGGAAUUCAUUAAUAUGAGGUCUGUAUUGUCAUGCUUGUACUGACCAUGUAUGUAUGCCAUGGUUAUUUAGCCCUAGCUAAGAACUUACCAGUUUUCCCCAGUAGCAGUCUGACUUUUGCCUUAGGUCUCUUCAUGUCUUGAGGUGCUGCUACUCUUGGCAUAGAAAAGCUUUCCCGUUACUUGGUUUGUUUUCUUGUCCAUCCACUAAGCACACUAGGUCCUUAAUGUUCAGAAUGAAAUGGUAGUACCAAACUUUUACAUAGAGGUUGUUUGCAGAGGUGCUUUAAUAGAGACGGGGUUUCACCUUGUUGGUCGGGCUUGUCUCCACAAUUCCAGACAUCGAGUUAUCUGCCUCCCAAAGUGCUAGGAUUACAAGAAUUAGUUUUCUUAUUUCUUAACUUUUUUUUUAUGGCAUUCUAACCCUUCUUGAAUACCAAUAUUUUUCUUAUUUCUAACUAGGAUUUUGGAGGGGCGUUUUCAGUGGCAACAGUCAUGUUUUUGAAAGCUGGAAUUUGUUUUGUUCUUUUGAUAGGCUUGCCCUGCAUAAAAUUUAAAUGUGACCUGUUUGCCUAGCCCCUGCAAUAGGUCAGUGGCGACAUUGUAAGGAAAUAGAAUUCUCUAGUUAGAGUCACUCUUUUCAGGAUCAUUUUUUUUUUUUUUUUUUUGAGAUGGAGUUUCACUCUUGUUACCAGGCUGGAGUGCAGUGGCAUGAUCUCGGCUCACCGCAACCUCUGCCUCCUGGGUUCAAGCAAUUCUGCCUAAGCCUCCUGAGUAGCUGGGAUUAUAGGCACGCGCCACCGUGCCCAGCUAAUUUUUGUAUUUUUAGUAGAGAUGGGGUUUCACCAUGUUGACCAGGAUGGUCUUGGUCUCUUGACCUCGUGAUCCAUACUCCUCGGCCUCCCAAAGUGCUGGGAUUACAGGCGUAAGCCAGUGUGCCUGACCUUUCAGGAUCAUUCUUAAUUGAAUGGCAGUUCAGGAUCAUCCGAACCAUGGAUUAGGGUCAGUACUUUUUCAGAGCUUCAUCUAACACCGAAACAAGGACUAUGCAUGCACAAAGCUUAUUCUUUCUCAUCUUGGUCCAGUUUAAAUGCAGAAGUCAGAAGGGUUUUUUGUUUUUUGUUUUUCUCUUUUUUUAUUUUUAAGGCAAGAAGGAUUUUACUGGCUUCUGAGCAUUUUCUCCUGUCUAGAUUUUUUUGUGGUGGCAGUCUGAGUCCUUUUAUAUAGUUAGUGGAGUUCUGUAUCCCUCUGCUUUAUGGAUUGCAGCUGCCCUUGGACAUAGGUAAACAAAAUGAGGUUUUAAGGGGAGCCUUUCUGCUCUUGAAGACUUAGGUUUGUGGGCUCAAUUGUACAGGCAAAUUUCUCAAAUAUAUGUAGUUCUGACUUAGACACAUAUACAGGCAUUUGGGAGAUAUAUAUCCUUACUGUUCUCUGGAGGUUAUUUUAGGAGUAGAAGCAGCAGCAUUUUCACUUUUUAAAUAUGAAUUUUUAGGUGAUGCUUGAGUUUGUCUUUUCCACUUCUGAAAGGUCCACAUUAGAAGUAUGUUCAGUCAGAAAUAAAGAACUACUUAUACCACCUCCCACCAGAAAAGCUUUCCUAGUUCUUAUCUACACUUCUGUUCUCAGCAUUUUUCUUUGAAAACGCUGCAUUCUUUGAAAUUUGAAAUUAGUGACCUACUUUGGUCUUGUCUCCUUCCACCCUAAUACUGGUUUGUUUGUUUUGGAAAUGUAAGCAGACUUUAAUACUACAGCUGGGAGGAUUUUUAAAAAUUGUGUUUAUAAAUACUCAAAGCUUCAUAAGUAAUUUUGGGUUAAUUGAUUUUCCAUUAGAAUAGGAAAUUGACAUUUGAUUGGAGGAAACAUUUCUUCUUUGUUGGGUGAUUGAUGAGUAUCUUUCAUUUUCUACCUGAAAUCAUUCCUUCAAUAUCUGGGUUGGGUCAUUGUGUCAGAUAUAUGGAAGUAUGUGCUCUGUGAUUUGAUUUCUCUGUCAGCUUUUUCUACGCCAUAGCAGUUUUUAAGUAGCUCUGUGGAAAGGAAGGUGGAAUGGAAGUAUACAUAUUUAGAGGGUGGGACACAGGCUAAAAGAGAGCUUGUCACAAGUUGAUACUAGGUUUUCCUAAUUGUCAACCAGAGGCACUUACUGAUAUAACUGAAGCAGUUUUUGUCCUGUACUUAUUCCCUUUUGUGGUCUUCCCUUCCACCCACCCUUUUUUUUGUUCCUUUUUUCCUCUGUUACAGUUUAGAAAACGCUAAACCCUCCUCCCAGGCAGCCUCCGUCACGAUCCCUGAUCACCUCAGCAUCAACCUCUCUCAACCCUCCACCCCUUCUUCUUCUUCCUCCUCCACCACCACCCCCUCGCUCGCCACAGCGGGGACCUCCGACGCACCCUCCAGCCUCCCCAACCCUCUUCCGACCGCCCCUUGUGUCUCCAGUCUGCUUGGCAUGAAACCCAUCCCUCUCCUGGCUCUAAAUGUUGUGUCUGCUGCUAAGGGUACCGGGGCUUCAGCUACCACCACCACCACCUCUGCCGUGCCAUGUGUAACUAACAAACUGAAAGGCGAGAAACAGAGAUUCUCUCCCUACUGAUUGCAUAUCUUGAGGCACCUCCUCCAGUAUUAUUUGGUUCAUUUUGUUUUCCUUUGUUAAUAUUGGUGAGAAUGAAACUAUUGUGAGCUUGUUACAGUUUCCUUUUUGCUACCUUGGGGGAUAACUGGGUGGGGGUGGGGGGAGUGGUAACCCUUGUUUAGGUUUAGGCCAUUUCAGCUGAGUGCCUGUUUCAGGGUCUGACUUGAAUUCUUUAUCUAGAGCCACAGUUUACUCUUCUUUCUUGUUUGUUACCUUUUCUUUGUAGUUUUAUUCUGCCUUGCAAUAUAACAAUGUGUUAGGCUCUGUGUUAAUGAAUAAAAGUUUCUCCGUUAACUUUUUUUUUUUUUUAAAGAAUUAUUUAAUGAUUAAGCUAUCAGCAGGCCUUUCUUGGCCAUAUUUGUGUUUCUAGCUGUAAUAAAGUUGGCGCAGUAAGAACCUUA